AUGAAAGAUGUCGUCAACCUGCCGACCAGCCAACGCCUGAAAAUCUCCAAAAAGUCCAAGGGCUUCGUGCAAGCGAACGCCAUCAAGGAUGAAUGUGGCAACGACACCGUCGACCUGCUUCAGCGCCAGAAUCCCGACAUUAUGAAGCUGCUAGCACGGCUCGAGGAGAAGAUGGAUAGCCUGGACAAAAAGAUGGAUGGCUUGGAGACGCAGAUGGAUGCUCGAGAUGGAGCCAGCCCUCAGGCGCCGAUGCCAAAUGUGUCGACUCCUGGCAUGCGAAGAAACAAUGCCUUUUUUCAGGGCUGCCGUGUGAGGUCUUCGACGAAGCUGGCGGCGAACCAGGUGGCGCACAAGGAUGAGUCCAAGCGAGGGCAUCACAGCGAGAACCUGACCCACACCAGGAUCACCGGGGCGCUGCGCAGCUGCUCAUUGAGCCAGAUCCUGCUGACCAACUACGGGGCAACCGACUUCACAACCUCCUGCUGUGCAGAGAGCGGCUUGCACUGCGCAGGCUGCGCCAAAGCCGCAGCAGACGGCCAGUCAUGUCUGGAAUGUGCUGGCGGCUUCCUCAAACGCGACGGGAAGUGCAUCUCCUGUGCUGACUCUGCUGGCUGGCUGAAUGUGGAUGGCAAGACCUGCGCGCAGCUGGUCUCUGGCGACUGCAAUGAUGUGAAGUCCCGUGGGAAGAGCAGCAAUGAGGCAUGCUGCACUUGUGGUGGCGGCAUUGUCAGCCCCACACCCUUUGUAUACCCUUCGGUGCAUCUUGCCAUUGGCAGCGAAGUGCAUGUGGCGCCAUCUGCUCGGACGGCAUCACGCUAUUCCCUCCACGAGGACUGUGAGCUACCUGACCAGGGCAUAACGAUGAGCGGGACCACAGGUGUCGUCACAGCGUCAGCGGCACGUCCAGACACUGGCCCUUUCAGCAUCGAGUGUGCCGUGACCGCGCAUCAGGCAUUGGGAGUGAGCUAUGACACGACCUUACGAAUUGGCAUGGAUUACUUGAGCUACGGAGCACCGGUGCUCUUCUUUUCAGGUUCAGCCACGAAAGCGGCACAGAAGGCACCUGGCCUGUGGAAAGACUUCAGCAUCAUGUGUGCGCCCACGGUGAACUGGCUGCAGGUGGACACCGCGACGGGAGACCUGAGCCGGUCUGCGGCCGAUGCCAACAACAACGGGGCCGUGGACACUGAGGACACCACCACUAGCGGGCAGAAUGGCGGGAUCUGCGUCAUGAAGGCCCAGCACGCGGCCCCACGUGUUGAAUACGCACAGGGGAUGAUGUGCAACUACUGCCGCACCUGCAGCUCAUGCUCAGUCACCAAUGCCUAUGCUUCCGCGUUGCGUGAUUACUGGUGGUAUGACAACUUUACGGCGCCAGACAUCCAUUUUCUCAACAACUUCAGCGGCAUUCCCCUGGGGACCCUGUUUUGCAUCAGGUGCGCGGGAUACCUGCACAUAACGCUGCGCGGAUACUACAAUCUUUAUCUCAGAACACGUGAUGGCUCACGAGUCUACCUGGAUGGGCAGCUGAUGACCCAGAAGACAGGGUGCGGGGCGGCAGAUGUAGAGAAGGAAAAUAUUUGGCUAGAGGCAGGUUACCACGACCUGGAGGUGCUGAUGUGCAAUGGUGGUGGCAAUCAAUUUUUGCAGCUGGCAUAUUAUGGGCCAGAUACCGAUCACAUCAUACUCCCAGUUCCCAGCUCUGCACUCUUCCAUGAUGCGUUCACGGAGCGCCAGGCUCGCUUUGUAGCCUUGGCCUUGCAGCCAUGGACGGCGCUGACCUACAAGACGACAGCGGUGUCCGUGACUCUCGGAGAGCAGCUCCCGCUCCUGAACUUGGAAGAACCCACGCAGCAAGGGCUCCUGAAGCCUUCUUUUUUCAAAGUGUCCUGUUCAUCGACGCCGACGCUGAAGUACGAUUUCGAUGAUCUGCUGAGUACGGGAUUGGUGGAGGGCUACCCCGUCCUGGAGGUGACGCCCGAAGGGUCGAUCUCCGUUUUGCCGGCCCGUGGGCUCUCGUCAGUCUUCGAUUCUCAGCCAAGCACCGGCGCAGACAGGAAGAGGAUCUCGCUGGCUUGCUCGGUCUGGGGAGCCUUCCCGGACCUGGCAGGUCUGGAUCCGAUCAAGGCUUCUUUGACCCUGACACUUCUGGACGACAUCUGCUGGGUCAACAAGCUGUUCUUCGCGAACGCUUUCACGCUGAUCGACGACGUGAGCUCAGAGGCCAGCUGCCGGGCCGCCUGCCGGGAAUCGGCGUCCUGUGCCGGCUACCUUUGGUCAACAAACCAGUGCCAACGACGCCACAGGCUUGCAGCAGCAGGCGAAUCUGCCACUGCCGCCUGGGCCAAGGUCACGGAUUGCCGAGCCGAGUCUGCAUGCAUGGAGGUUGCAGACGCGGCAUGGUACAAGGCCGGAAACUACUGUCCGGUCUCUCCCGACCUUGCCCGCGACAGCAUGCUAUAUCGCAAGGAGGGCACCACCGCUGAGGAGACACUUCACCUCGCCAAGUAUUCGAGGGCUCUGGACGGUGCACUAUCGGUUGCGGACAUCAGCGACGGGGACUGGAUCCUCAGACAAGCCGAUCCGAAGACGGACUUCAUUGACACGGAGGUGGGGGAGGUGGCGCUGCGCGGCACAGUGCUGGGCAAGGUCCUCGAGGCCAAAGUCAGCUUCGCCGUCGCUCCGUGCGCUGUGCCUGCAAACUUGACCGCGGCAGCCGAGGAAGCCGAAGAGCAAGAGGAGUCUCAAGGCCGAAGCCCCUUCAUCGUGGACAACCCGUUCACCGACCCCCCGGCCGACUACACCCUCCACCCUUGUGAUGCAUGGAUGAGUUUGUUGUUGCAAGUGCAAGCGCGAAUGGAGAGAAGGAGUGCGCUCCUUCCGCUUGGGACACUUGGCGACAACUGCAAGUUCUCAGAACGCUCAUUCGUUGUCCACGGGUUUUGCAUCGAUUUGCUGGCCAUCACCGGCCAUUGUCUGAACGCGGACGCGUGCAUCUUGCAAGCGAAGGAUGGGGGUCAGGGCAUGCAGAAGCCGGUGAUCGCGGCGGCUGUGCAGUCCAUCCCACCAGAGAGUGGAAAUAUCUUCGUCCCGCCGCCAUUCCACUUGGCCUCCGGACAAAUGCUCUGCCCUCCGGCUCAGCUCAUCAGCGUACAUAUCGAGACUGAGAAGGAGGCCGUUGGGCGAACCGACUGUGAAGCUCGAUGUAAGGCAACAUCGUCCUGCGUUUUCUACUUUCAGGGCGAGCAGUCCGAAGCGCUGAUCUGCAGGAUCUACUCGGGCUGCACACACCUGGUGCAGGAGCCUGGGGUGUUGGGCGACCUUUUUGCAGUCUCCUCGGAGCAGCGCUGCCACGUGGCGGACCCUGGCGGGUGUUUCAGCAUGACGGCACGUCGUGCCUACCUGACCUCUGCAAUGAGUUCAAAGCCCUUCGCAUACUGGGAUCUCCACGUACUGUGUGACGUCUUCCUCAUCCUGGGAGGUGGAGGGGCUCAGUUCUGUGCAAGGCCAACCUAUCGGGAUCCGACGAACCAUGCGUGGCAGCACAAGACAUUGCUGCCUGAGACGUUUGCCCACGGCACAAUGCUCAGCCUGUCUUGCUGGGAUGAACGCUACAGGGGCUUCUACGACGACUCAGCUGCUUCCGUCGACAGCCUCUCCUGCGUCAAUGGACAGUGGUUCAACUCACACGACGAGGUCGGGCUCGGCAAGUUCAGAUGCCACCAGUGCGUGCAGAUCGGAACUCCUGCAUAUAAGCAAGUAUACGACCUGAACUUGCAGGAAGCAUGGUUUUUGAGCCGGCUGCAGCUGGCACUCUUCACGGAGCCCACGACCAAGGCCCAUUGCCUGGAGCUUGGCGAGCGUUUCACUGAGACUGAGGGCACUCUGGCGCCGACCGCAACAGAGGACCUUUGUCCGACCAACGUGCUCGUCGAGCUCGGCAGCACGCCCUUUUCUGACAGCCGCAAAGUGAAGCUGCUCGAGGGCAACAACCAGUGCAUGCAGCAGGAUCUCGCUGGAGACAGCCCCUUCCCAGUUCACAGAGAAUGCGCUGCCCGGGAAUCGCAGCAAAUCCCCAUGAGUGACAUGGGCAACUUGCUCUGGAAUCUCCAUACCCAGCACCUUCUCAAGGCCUUCCCAGUCUUCGCUCCCUCAAUCAUCGAUUGCAAUGGCUUCGGAGCAGUCAGCGAGGUCGAUCUUCGCGAUCUCUUCAGCGACCAUACAGAGGUUACUGCAUAUUUGGGCAGCGUCGACCUGGACGUCGAGCUUCAAUUUGCACAGGGUGAGCAGACAGACGGCGCAGCGAACUGGAAACGCCUCAUGACGAAGAAUGUCGUUGUCGGGCCGGUGUACGACAAAGCUGAGGUGAUGAGAAUGUGCGUCAGUUAUACAACGUCUGUGCCCUUUACGGACAAAGAAGACGACGAAGAGUGGUGGGAGGCGGAGCCACUGGGGGGGUUUGGCCUUGAAUUCCUCACGAGGUCGCCGAGGGACGACGAGGCAGACUUCAAAGACUACAUCACCGGAACUCGCUUAGAUGACAGGCUGGUUCAGAACAGGUGUGGCGCGUGGCAUCCCAAGUUCAAUUGUUCGUCCACUGGCCUUUCAAGCGGUCAGGGCUGCGAGGCCUUUGUGAGGCACACCGAAGACGAUACUGCUGUACGGAUUAAUUCAGCGCGUUGGGAGUACGCCACGCAAGGGACGUCGACCUUAGCGAGGAGCUUUCGUGGCCAGAUCGCAACUGCCGGAUACUUCAGCAGCGACGACGGAUCGCUUGGGGCCUGGCAAAAGUUCAAUAACGAGACCAAUCACUCUGGGAUUGCUAUCGAAAGCUCGGUCUAUUCAGGUUUGGCAACCCAUUUUCGGCAAUGUGUGCUCUACACCGCCCGCCAUCCGGGAAACAACUUCUUCAAUGAGCCUACUGUUCGCCUCCAGAAAAGAUCAGGCCUGGUACUGGACUACCAACAUUUUGCAACUACGGACGGGACCAGGCGGUUUGAUUGCGGGACUUGGACAAACAUCUCCAAGCUGGACUGCCAAAUUGACGACGCCUGCGAUGUGGAGAUUUCCAAUCCUGGGGCUGCCACAGUAUAUCGCCAUUACCUGCAGUUCGGAGAUUUUGGGCUCUCCGAGCCUGCCAAUGUGAUGAUCAUGGGAAGCAAGCAAAUUCCCCUGUCACGAAGCUUGACGACCAGGGCCCCGCAGGAGCUGACGAUGUCUUCCGGUGACUGGCACAACUUUUUUCCGGUUAACUGGAUGCAAGGUUACAAUCUCGAGAGCGACAUCAAGCACAACACCAAUCAGUUUCGCCUUUGCGUCACAGCCUCACAGGAAGGCAACUCGCCUGGGAUACUAAGAUUCCGGCUCCGACUUGCGCGGCGUCUGGAAGCCAACUUCACGGCCCGGUUGUCUUUCGAGGACGAAUUCUCGAUUCAAUCAGGGGCCGACUAUCGGACCAUGUGUGGCCCGUGGCGCGAUACCGAACAUCUCGCGGGAACCGCUUGGGAUCGAGCUCACCAAUUCGAACUACAGCAAGUCGGCAUCCAGAAUUUGAGAUUGCAGGAGAUUCAGCUGCAGCUUGCGGCCACGGUUAAUCCAAACGUGUGCCGAUUCGCACCGGUCACCUUCAACUCUGUUUCGCAACGUGGAGCAAACAUGACGGAUCGAAACGCUCGCAGUGGCUCGUGGCCCAAUUGGCACGAAAGGCUCGCGGCAGCACCUGUGAGUUGUCCGCCGGGACAGGUGCUUACCAGCCUAUUCGCGAACGCCUCUAACGAUCAGUCGAUGACCUACACCUGCGGCCACACUCCUGGCCUAG